AAACAAAUGCACCUUAACUCCAGUCAAAUUCUAACUACAAUUAAGCCCCAUUCUAGUUUUAUAUAAACACACACAAGUUGUGCAAACCCAGCUGUGUACUGAUACUAGUCACCUCCCCCCUCCCCCCUCCCCCCCUCACCAUUUCCCUGCAACGUGGUUCUUGAAUUUUCUCUAUAAUGUAAAGAGAAAGAUAAUUAUCUGCUGCUUUUGAUCACUUGUGCAUAAAGUUUUUUGUUCUGGGGUGCCCCAAGAUUUGAUCUUUUUUUUUUGUUUCUUGGUUACUGGGUUUUGUUUUUGUUUUUAUUUUUUUUCCCUCAUCAUUUGAUGGGUGCACGAGCAGACGAACUGAUAAAAAAGUUGGAACACAGAGUGCCUAAGAGAGAGAAAAGGCUGCAAAAUGAUUAUUAUUACAGCAUGCAACACUGUGCCUCUUCUUGGGAUUGUCUGUUUUCAUGGGAGUUUGCCAGCCAUUUCUUGUAGCAACUGAGAGAAACACAGUUCACACACUCCCUCUCUCUCAAUUUCUCUAAGUAAUAAUUAAGUAGAAAGACACUAUUUUUUUCUCUGUGCCCAUUAUUUCCAAAGCAUGAAGAGACUCAGCAGUUCUGAUUCCUUGGGUGGUUUGAUGUCCAUUUGUCCCAACUCAACAGUUGAUGUGGAUGAACACAACCAUGGCGGCAAUCCGAUGUACACGAGAGAGUUUCAGACAAUGUUGGAGGGUUUGGAGGAGGAAGAAUCUGGGCAGAUUUCGGAGAAGAAAAGGAGACUGAGCGUGGAUCAAGUGAAGGCUUUGGAGAAGAAUUUUGAGGUGGAGAACAAGCUUGAGCCAGAGAGGAAAGUCAAGCUGGCGCAGGAGCUAGGCUUGCAGCCGCGGCAGGUGGCCGUGUGGUUUCAGAACCGCCGUGCGCGGUGGAAGACCAAGCAGUUGGAGAGAGAUUACGGCCUCCUCAAAGCCAACCACGAAGCCCUCAAGCAUAAAUACGAGUCCCUCCACAGAGAGAAUCAGUCUUUGCUCAAUCAGAUUCGGGAGCUUAACGGGAAAAUCGGCGUGAAAGAAGAGGCGUCGGUGUCAGAAUCCGAAGAAAAAUGCGAUGUUGAAAUUCACGAGGGAGGAGGCGCGAUGGAGCAUCAGGAAAACGAGAUGAUGGGCGCGGUAUUCGGUGAUUUUAAGGAUGGAUCUUCGGACAGCGAUUCAAGCGCGAUUCUGAACGAGGACAACUACAGCCCCAUCACCUCCUCCGGCGGGAUCCUCCACCACCACAGCCCUCACGGCGGAUUCUCGGAGGCCAAGGCGAGUGUUGUUGUAGACGCCAGCAACAUUUACCAAACGCGGUUCGUCAAGAUCGAGGAGCACAAUUUUUUCGGCGAGGAAUCCUGCAGCACUUUGUUCUCCGACGAUCAACCUCCCACUCUUCAUUGGUACUGUAAUGACGAGUGGAACUGAAGAUUGAAAAACUAAGACAAAAUCAUUUUUCUUUUUCAACUCAUCCAUCUUCUACCAAAAUAAGCCAACGCCCACCACCAAUUUAAGCCCGUCACAUGCCAAUUUUGUAUAGUAAUGUGCAAUUAGUACAUGUGAAUUCAAGAAUAAUCGAGGUUUGAAGAGACAAGGGACUGAAGCGUGUGGGCAAUGGUGAAAGCUAGACUUGUGUUGCAGGAAUAAUGAUUAGUGGUGGUGAUGUCGAUUAAUUAAUUUUAAAAUUGAAAUUGAAGUUUUCUA